AUGACGCUUUUCGAAAUCACCGUGCAGUUGAAAACUCUCAUUGAACAACUGAGUCUUGAUAAACGCGAAAAGCAAAAGCUUUUAUCAAACAAGACAAUUAGCCAUGGCCAGCUUAUCGAAUUCUACAAUGAGUGCCAUCCUACACCUACCCUUCUCGCGUUAUUGAAGAAAUCUAAGCUUCACAUACCGCCAUAUAAAACAUUCAUCAAAGAGAAGACUCCCGAAUUUUUGAGGCAAAUGGAGAGAUUAAGACUAGAAGCUAAGGAGAAAGAGUAUAAGCAGCUUAUCAACAAAUCACCAGAGUUUGCCACAUUGUACGACAACUCGGAUCAAGAGUAUAUAUCUCCAGCAAAAGCACAUAAGGAGCUCAAGAAUCAAUUAACUACAAUAGUGAAUAUUGCAGUUAGUGUAGGAAGUGUAUCUUACGCUAUCUGGUACUGGACAGCGUCAUCAUGGGGUUUGAAAGAUAGUUAUCGAGUUCUAUUAACGGUCUUCUUUGGCAUUUUAGUACUAGUUGCCGAAGUAGUUGUUUAUAUGGGCUACCUUAACAAGAUCGAGGAGGCAAGAGCUAAAGAGAAGCAGAAAAAGGAAGUAAAGAAAGUGGUGCAAACAUUCGAUUUGAGGAAUUUGAAAAUCGAUCGAGUUUGGAAAAAAAAAAAGGAAAAAAAGAAAUAG